AUGUCCCAAAAGACAGAGUUCCUCAGAGCAACUUCGCAAGCGGGGAUGGAUUUCGACCCCUUCCCUCGAUGCGCGCCGCGCCUGCGGCAGGUUGGUUUUCAGAGCAUCGAGCAGACCGAGAAAGUUGUCCCCAUUGGGACAUGGCCCAAGGACAAGAAGCUAAAGGCCCGGGGGCGCUAUUUCAUGGCGCAGCUCCUCGGUAACGCCCUCGAAACAUAUAGUCUUUCACUCUUUACUCGAGUGGCCGGUUGGACCCCGGACGAAGUCUACGCCCUGUUAGACGACGUGGCCGAGGAGGUCGCUCCUUUGUCGCUGCCCGCAGGCCGCCAAAGUAAACGAUUUGUACUAUUCGACAUUGUUCUAUACUUUGCAUUUGUUCUGAUGCGAAUUCGUGCUUUCAAAUUGCCGAGCGUGGAGGAUGUGUCCAGCCAUUACGACUAUGCGCUUUGA